AUGAAGGUGUACUAUGAUCCUAUCAACAAGAACGUCGUACCAAAAGAGCGAGUAUACAAUGCUCAUAACCGGGUGCCUACUCAAAGGGCGGUAAAUCCACAUAACCGGGGAAACAUUGAGCCUCACAAAUUCUCUGACCAUGAGGAACUUUUCACAAAUGAACGACAUGAGACCUUUAUGCUUCGACAGUUCGAUACCGGCAAUCCUCGGCAGCCCAUUCCAGCAAGCUCCAUCCCUCAGCCUCCCAGACGAAUGGACGCAUACACUCUUCACCCAGAUCACCAAUUUGGCCGUAAAAGACACGAGAUGCUUAACCCAUUUGGGCCCCAGCGAGGAGUCCGUGAUCAAAAUACUGGGGCUCUGCUGGGAGUCAUAUCACGCCCCCCGCUUCCCCCGCAGCCGGCAAACGACCCGAAGAAAAAAAGGGGAAACCCCCAAAGCCGGCAGCGGCUAAGCACAAGCCAAAAGCCUCUCCGAAAGGGGCCUUGA